AUGGUGUUCGACCAGGGCAGACUCCGCUUCUGCCGCACCAGGCCCCGGGUCUUUGUAAUCACUGAUAUUGCAAACGAGCCCGACGAUACCCAAUCCCUAGUCCGACUUCUGCUCUACGGAAAUGAAUUCGACAUCAGGGGCAUAGUCGCCUGUACAUCGACCUGGCUUCGCACGUCAGUGUAUCCAGGCGAAAUUGAAAGGUUGAUUAAUGCCUAUGUGACUGUUGUGCCAAAUCUCAACACACAUGUACACCCAGAGAACCAAUACCCCGGGGCCGGAGACCUUCUUGGUAUCAUCCGCCAGGGACCGCCAGUUUACGGAAAGCGAGCCCUAGACCCGGAUAUCCCGCUUAGCGACGGCGCAGAGCUCUUGAUUGAGCAGUUAUCUUGUUCUUCCAACGAUCCUCUCUGGGUGCUUUGCUGGGGCGGUACAAACGUCCUUGCCCAGGCCCUGCAAUACCUCCACAAGACCCAAUCCGUCUCGGCCUUUACCGAUCUUCGCUCUCGAAUUCGCGUCUACGCUAUUUCCGACCAGGAUGACACCGGUCUCUGGAUCCGUACCAGUUACCCGGAUAUCUUCUAUAUAUGUUCCGUGCACGCUUGGAAUAGCUACGCCCUGGCUACAUGGACUGGAAUCUCCGGCGAUCUCCAGGGACCUGAAUUCCCCGACUUUGGCGGCCCGGAUACUACCAAAGUCAGCCCUCUGUGGGUGAAAGAUCAUAUCCAGAAGAUCGGACCGUUGGGCAGCGUAUACCCAGAUACUCAGUAUAUUAUGGAAGGUGACACGCCGACGUUCCUCUACCUUAUCCAGAACGGGCUCGGGUGCGCCGAACAUCCUGGUGGGGAAGCUGGGGUGGUCGAUAGGGUCGUGGGCGCGGAUGGUCGGUGCUAUGUUAGUAACCGGGCGACAAUCUGGAGAUGGCGGGAAGCUUAUCAGAACGACUUUGCGGCGCGGAUGAGGUGGACGGUUGAAGGUGCAGCGGUGGCAAACCAUGCACCGGUUGUGGUUGUCAAUGGGGAUCAAGGGCCCGAGCCGUUGAUGUUGUUUGCGGAGGCGGGUGAGAGCGUCUUUCUUGAUGCGUCGGACAGCUACGAUCCUGAUGGAGACCAGUUGACUUUCAGGUGGUUUCAGUACCGGGAGCCAACAGCAGCGCUAGGAUUAGUCAUUGAUCCCCAGGUUGCUGUGCUUGAAAUCACGUCUACUGAGGACCCCGGAGUCCCCGGCGGCAAGGUAAGGAUUACUGUUCCUGGGCCUGAACAUUGCGCAGUUCGCUUUGGUACCGGGAGCAAAUUGCCUACGGGUCAGACUCUGCAUGUGAUUCUGGAGGUUAAAGAUAAUGGGUUGCCCUGUUUAUACUCGUACAAAAGAAUAGUUAUCCAGGUGACAAACGCGCAGCUCUUGUCUGAAGGGCAGAAACUAUAA